AAUUCCUCGCACUUCCUCUUCAAUUCUUUCAAAUAAAUAUUUCUUGUCACAGUGUGCCUUUUUUUGGUACAAACUUGGUUUCAAGAUGGGAGAGAUUAAACCAACCGCCGCUCCCUUUUUGGGCCAGUUGAAGAGUGAUUCGGUGGCCGACCACAUCGGCGCGACGCCUCUUGUGCGUUUGAAUCGUGUACCUGAAAGUCUCGGAAUCAAAGCCCAGAUAUAUGCAAAGCUGGAAUACUUCAACGCAGGCGGCUCCGUCAAAGACCGGAUUGCAAAGCGAAUGGUUGAGAAGGCCGAGCAAGAUGGACUUAUUAAGCCUGGUGAUACGUUGAUUGAGGCUUCAAGUAGGAACACAGGAAUCGCAAUUGCUCUGAUGGCUGCAAUCAAAGGCUACAUAUGUAUCAUUACUUUGUCUGAGAAAAUGUCCUUGGAAAAGGAGCAAAUAUUACAAGCACUGGGAGCCAAAGCCGUGCGUACACCGGCCGAAGUGCCCAUCGAGUCGCCAGACUCCAUAAUCAGCGUUGCACGACGCUUGCAAAAGGAGAUUCCCAACUCGUGGAUCCUGGAUCAGUACAACAACCCGGAAAAUUCUGCUGCUCAUGAAUUUGGCACGGCGGAGGAGCUGUGGCAUCAGACGGAGGGAAAAUUGGACGUUGUGAUCAGUGGUGCAGGCACUGGAGGCACUGUCACAGGCAUAUCGAGGGGUUUGAAAAAGCAUGACCCUGGAUUGCUUGUUGUCGGUGUGGACCCGGUGGGAUCAGUGCUCGCACAGCCCGAUACUCUCAAUCAGAUUAAGAGUGAGUACAAAGUGGAAGGAAUUGGGUACGACUUUGUGCCGGCUGUCUUGGAUCAGUCCGCUCCUGAUAUGUGGAUCAAAACCACGGAUAAAGAUUCUUUUCAAUUCGCACGUCGACUGGCGCGAGACGAAGGACUACUUUGUGGUGGUUCUGCGGGAGCGAUGAUUGCUGCGCUGGUCCAGUUUGUCGACCAGCAUCCUGAAUACAAUGAACAGGACAAGGUCGUUGUAGUGAUAUUACCAGAUGGCCUUCGGAACUAUCUGACUAAAUUUGCAAGCGAUGACUGGAUGGAGCAGAAUGGAUAUCAAGUAGAUGUAGGAUCUGAGGAACGGAAAGGAUAGCUAUGUAUAGUUCUUUAGAAAACAAUCAGUAAUGAAUCAAUUGAUCCUCUCGUUCUAAUAUGACUGAGUCGUCUUGAUUCGCCUUUAGAUUGCCUAUCAUCUUGAAAAUGUACGAGCGUAAUU